GUUCUCUGCCCCUAUUAGAAUAAUUAGCAUAAUCAACAACGCUUUAGCAACGCACAAGCCACACUGCAAUUAUAAUUAUCUUUAUCUUGUGUAAAUUAAACUACAAUAGCACAAAAAAAGUAAAUAGUUUAGACGUAUUGCUGUCUUGCUGAUACAUUUUUGAGGUGAACGCAAUACGCGAUUAUCUCAUAUCCUAGUUAAUACGCCGUCUGAUAUUUUGAAUUAGUGGAGCAAAUCUCAUCAAUGAAAAUGACAACCAUGGGUACAACACCAAAGCCUACUGAGGUGAAACGUGAAGAAUUCCGCAAAUAUCUUGAGCAUACUGGAGUCAUGGAUGCGUUGUCCCAUGUACUGUUGGCAUUGUUUCAAGAGCAAGAAAGACCUGAUGAUCCCAUAGAAUACAUUCGACGUCACUUUGCAGCUAUGGAUUCUGGUGGAGCAGAAAAUAUGCAUGACAUAGAAGCUUUAAAGAAAGAGUUAGCAGAAGCAAAUUCCAAAGUAUCAGAACUUUCUGAUAAACUUGGAAAAAUUGAAUUGAACAACUCAAUAUAAUUAGAUGGAUAUUAAAAUUCUAUUUGUGAUCUUGUGCUAGUCUUAUUUCACCACAAAAACAAAUUGACAAGUCUGUUCAAAGAAAUACCGUGCCUUAAAAUACAUUUUCAUAGUUUGGACUUAAGGCUAUAGCUCUUCCUAAAAUUUAAAUUAUCAUGACAAAUCUUAUCUCUAUUUCAAUUGCAAUAUUUCAGUAGACAAACCGCACAAACUUUAAUUAAAUGGAUUUAAAAUAUAAGUAAACACGUACUUAGAUAUGUUGUAUCUUACUUUCUAUUAGAAUAUAUAUGUUUACUGGAUAAAUUAUCCAAAAAGUUCAAGUACACUAUGGUAUAAAUAUUUAGUAUAGCAAUGUUAUUUGUAUUUAAAUUUAAAUUACUGUCAAAGACUGUAUAGUAACUAACAUAACUAGUGAAUAAACUACCUUUUGUACUUAAAAUUUUGCAUCGAUUACUAUUAAUC